AGUGCUUUGCUGAAAAACUGAUUAAACUCGCACAGAAACACUUUACUGGCCAUGAAAAAUGUUUACGUCGAUUAAGAAGUGGGUGAAGAAUGAAGAAACCAACGCAAACACGGGGAGGGUCGUUUCCCCACAAGGCAUGCAAGCCAUGAGGUCGGAUCUACAGAAGAAAUUUUCCAAGGGGGUUCAAUAUAAUUUGAAGAUAGUGAUUCGUGGCGACCGAAACACCGGCAAGACAUGUUUAUGGCAACGAUUACAAGGAAAUAAAUUCACCGAGGAAUAUUCUCCAACACCAGAGAUACAAGCUGCAUCGAUACAUUGGAAUUAUAAAGCCACUGAUGAUAUCGUGAAGGUUGAUGUUUGGGACGUGGUGGACCAAGGAAAGUCAAAGAAAUCGAAAGAUUCACUGAAAAUACGAAACGAUGAUGAUGAAAUAGAUGACCUACAGUUAGACGCUAACUUUCUUGAUGUAUAUAAAGGGGCCCAUGCUGUUAUUAUGGUGUUUGAUAUCACCAAGAAAUGGACCUUCAACUAUAUUGAGCGUGAAUUACCAAAGGUUCCUCCACAUAUCCCUGUGUUAAUAUUGGCCAACCAUAGAGACAUGGGGGACCAUCGUGUGGUUGUUCUCGAUGAAGUCCAAGCAUUUGUUGAAAGUGUGGACAGGAGAUUGUCAAUUUAUGAAUCCAGGAUCUACAAAACUUUAACCAAUUCCUUAACUAGACCACCAGGGUCAGCCGGGGUUUCAUUCUUGGAAACUUCAAUGAAGGAAGGUUUUGGCCUCAAGUACAUCCACAAGUUCUUCAAUCUACCAUUCCUGUUACUGCAGAGAGAAAGUUUAUUGAAACAACUUGAAACAAAUCACUUGGAUGUGGAGAGUUGUUUGGAGGAGUUACAAGUCGACGCGACAUCUGAGGAACAAAGUUAUCAAAGGUUCCAGGACCGAUUAAAAGGCCGUCCAACUCCCACCACCCAUGUUGCCCCAACCACCCAUGUUGCCCCCACCACCUAUGUUGCCCCCACCACCCAUGUUGCCCCCACAACAACAGUGGUGAAUGGACAACACAAACCACCCCCCAUUGUAACCCCACCCCCCAACCAACCAACACCCCCUUCUACAAUCAACCCCACACAGGCACCAGCCAAACCCACCACCCCCACCACUGGUGGUUUAUUCUCUCCUUCAGAGAUGGUUGAGGUUCCACCACUAGAUGGCGAAAAGGUUCAACCUGAAAAGCGAGGUUUCAUGUCAAGGUUGUUUAGAGGUUCCACGAGACCUGAACCCACCCCCCAGGCCCCCACGCCCCCAACACACACCCCUAUCAACAACCCCCCGGUGGUCAAAUCUAUUGAUGAGUUUGUACCACACGAUGGAGCUGUGGAGGAUUUCCUCGAUUCAAUACCUGAUGCUACAGCAACGAAAACCCAAGACAGCGAUACCUCAAGUUCCGAUGGAGAUAUUGGUAAUCCUAUGGUGGCGGGAUAUCAGGAGGAGCUUGACUCUGAUGAUCAAAUACCAGAUACUGACAGCCACAAAAUAUACACGUACUCUGAUAGUGAUGGUGAAUACACGGCCGAUGCACAAGCAGGUCGCGUCAAUCAUCCAAAACAAAGGAAUCGCACGAAACAAGCGUCACGUUUAUCACCAGAGCAGCAACGUAGAAACGACGCAAAUCUGCGAAGUUUACGAAUCAGUAGUUCAGAUGAAGAGGCUGUGCAUGGUGGGGGGUUGGGUGAGGAUCAACAACAGGUUACCACGAUUGAAAUGAGACAGACACCUAAUAAUGUUGAAGAACAAAUGGAAGAAGAUAAAGUUGAGGUGGAAGAUCAACCUGAUGUAGUUUACCAAUUGGAUGAUUCGAAAUAUGAUGAUGUAUUGAAAGAUGGGGGAUUGGUUGAGAGUGGUGAAAGCUCUGAUGAAGAUAUGAAUACCAAUGUUAUGGUAUCGAAUAUUGUUGAUGAUAUUUCAUCGGGUGACGAACCCCCUCGUGUGUUGGGUGGUGUGGGGGAGGUUGAUGGUUUGCAACUUCAAUCAAGCGAUUUUGACUUCCUGGAACAAAUAUCAACAAAACCUAUCGAUGAAUCAAUCAGUUCGAAAACUUCCUCCAAACCUGAAGAAAGAAGUCGAAAAAAGAAAAACAAAUGUUCCAGUGAAGAGAAAAAGAAGCACAAAAGGAAGAAGGCAAAAUCCAAGGAGAUUAGUGGGAGCAAUGAGGAGAAAUCCUCUCGGAGGAAGAGGAGCAAAGAGAAGAAGGGAGAUGAUGAUCUUGAAGCGUUCCUUGGUGGGGGGGAAUCCUUUGACAAUAUUUAGAUUUUUAUCUUGCUUUGAUUUUAAAGGUGCUAUAUAUCAGCUUAUAAUGCCAUACUUAAGUCAUAAAGUCUUUACGAAAUACACAGUGUAAUCAGGGGGGUAUCCGGGAGGUUGGGGUCAACUCGAUUGUUAUGGGACCCGGGAAAACAUGAUUUGCGUUGCAGUAAAGCUCGAUCAUAUGUUGUGGUGUCUGCACCCCUAGGUACAACCCCCUGUGUAAUAUAUCCCUGUUGUCGUCAUUCAAGUUACUUUCGUUGUUUCAGUUAACUGAAGUUUAUUUAUCAAUAUUGUACCGACCCACUUGUAUGAGUUAUGUGUAUAUAGGAACACUAAUUAUGCAGAUGUGCAAUAAUCUACUUUCAAUUUUGCUUCCGUAUCUUAACACCAGUUUCGUUUCUUAUAAAAGUAACUUUAGUAAAAGUGGCGAGUAACUUAAUGUCUUAGUUACGAGUUUCAAUUUGUUUUCAGUAAAUAAAGAACCAAGUUGGCUCGUAUGUUUCUUGUUACCGAUAUUGAACAAUGAUAACAAAGUUGUGUUAUCUUGGUAAUAAAACUAUAUAAGUC